GGCUGACGGCGGGGGAGGAGCCGGGUCCGCUGCCGGGUGGAGGGGCCAGGCGAGUGUCCUUAUCCUAGCUAUUGGGGCUCCGGCCUGUAAGCCAGUUGGAGUCGCGUCGGCGAGAACGAUUGGGCCGAGCGGAGAAAGUCAUGUUGCUCUUCGUGGAGCAUUUGUAGGGUUAAGUGGCAUGGGAUUUCUGUUUCUGAUAGUAAAUAGCAGGUAACAUCUAAAGGAACUGGCUUAAAUCCUAAUGCCAAAGUAUGGCAAGAAAUACCUCCAGGAAAUACUGAUGCCACUCCAGUAACUCAUGGAACUGAAAGCUCUUGGCAUGAAACAGCAGCCACAUCAGGGUCUCAUCCUGAGGGUAAUAGAGAACUUGCGGAUGAUAUGUGUAAGGAAUAUGAAGUAAUGUAUUCAUCUUGUGAAACCACAAGAACUACUACAGGCAUUGAGGAAUCAACUGAUGGAAUGAUUUUGGGACCAGAAGAUCUGAGUUACCAAAUAUAUGAUGUUUCUGGAGAAAGCAACUCAGCAAUUUCUACAGAAGAACUAAAAGAGUGUUUGAAGAAACAAUUAGAAUUCUGUUUCUCACGAGAAAAUUUGUCAAAGGAUCUUUACCUGAUAUCUCAAAUGGACAGUGAUCAGUUCAUCCCAAUUUGGACAGUUGCCAACAUGGAAGAAAUAAAAAAGCUGACCACAGACCCUGACCUAAUUCUUGAAGUGUUGAGAUCUUCUCCCAUGGUGCAAGUUGAUGAGAAGGGUGAGAAAGUGAGACCAAGUCAUAAGCGUUGUAUUGUAAUUCUUAGAGAAAUUCCGGAAACAACACCAGUAGAGGAAGUAAAAGCUUUGUUUAAAAAUGAAAACUGCCCCAAGGUGAUAAGCUGUGAAUUUGCACACAAUAGCAACUGGUAUAUCACUUUCCAGUCAGACACAGAUGCACAGCAGGCUUUUAAAUACUUAAGAGAAGAAGUUAAGACAUUUCAGGGCAAGCCAAUCAUGGCAAGGAUAAAAGCCAUCAAUACGUUUUUUGCUAAGAAUGGUUAUCGAUUAAUGGAUUCUAGUAUGUAUAGUCCGCCCAUUCAAACUCAAGCACAGUAUGCCUCACCGGUCUUUAUGCAGCCUGUUUAUAAUCCUCACCAACAGUACUCUGUUUAUAGUAUUGUGCCUCAGUCUUGGUCUCCAAAUCCCACACCUUACUUUGAAACACCACUGGCUCCUUUUCCCAAUGGUAGUUUUGUGAAUGGCUUUAAUUCACCAGGAUCUUAUAAAACAAAUGCUGCUGCUGCUGCUGCUGUGAAUAUGGGUCGACCAUUCCAAAAAAAUCGUGUGAAGCCUCAUUUUAGGUCAAGUGGUUCAGAACACUCAACAGAGGGCUCUGUGUCAUUGGGGGAUGGACCACUGAACAGAUCUGGUUCAAGGAACUUUCCAACUGAACGACAUAACCCUACAGUAACAGGGCACCAGGAGCAAAGCUACCUUCCAAAAGAGACUCCCACUUUGCAGAUGGAGCAGAAUGGGGACUAUGGUAGGGGCAGGAGAACUCUCUUCAGAGGUCGAAGACGUCGGGAAGAUGAAAGGAUCCCAAGACCCCAUCCUUCAACAGCUGAAGCAAAGGCUCCAACACCAAAGUUUGACUUAUUAGCCUCAAAUUUUCCUCCUUUACCUGGAAGUUCAUCAAGAACGCCAGGUGAACUUGUUUUGGAGAGUAGGAUGUCUGAUGUUGUUAAAGGUGUCUGUAAAGAAAAGGAUAAGGAAGAAUUGAGAGUUAGUUGCCCAGUGACUGCAGAGGAUGAACAGACAGACUGCACCUCUGCCCAGCCACUCAGUAUGAGCACCAGUCCUCCAUGUACAGCUGAGCUUUCUGCAUUAAGCACAACUCAGCAAGAAAAGGAUCUAAUAGAGGAUUCCACUGUUCAGAAAGAUGUUCCUAACCAGACAACUAUACCAGUUUCUUCCCCGAGUACUGCAAAGCCAUCGAGAACAAAUACUGCUUCACCGUGUAAUAGUAACAUAAGUGCAGCUGUAGCUGUGGCCCUACAGGAACCUCGGAAGCUAAGUUAUGCUGAAGUGUGCCAGAAGCCCCCUAAAGAGCCGUCUCCAGUUCUUGUGCAGCCACUGCGAGAACUUCGCUCCAAUGCAGUAUCUCCCACCAAAAAUGAAGAGAAUGGAGCUCCUGAGAAGUCCUUCGAGAAACAACAUGAGAAGCCAGAAGCAAGGGCUAGUAAGGAUUACUCUGGCUUCCGAGGCAAUGCCAUUCCCAGGGGAGCAGCUGGAAAAAUCAGGGAACAGAGACGCCAGUUUGGCCAUAGGGCUAUACCUCAGGGAGUGACUCGACGUAAUGGCAAAGAGCAAUACGUGCCACCCAGAUCACCAAAGUAAACAAAAACAAAAAAACUGUUCAAAAACUUCUCUCUCUUCCCAUUAAACUUGAGCCUGGCUAUAUUGAACUGUUUUGGAGGGGAGGGCGUGGCCAGGUAGGAAACCAGAGAAAGUACAUCCUUAAAUCAUUAUGGAUUUUGGAGUUGUGAGCUAUAGAAUCCCAAAAUUCAUCUCUAAAGCGAUUUUAAAAUGCUGGAGGAUUCCAAUCAGUAUAAAUAUAUAUAUAUAUAUGUAUACAUAUAUAAAAAUGUAAUUUUUCUAUUUUUGUUUUUGAUUUUAAUUUGCAGAGAUCUUCUGCCUGGAAUCAAUUUUGAGGGUUCAGAUUUAGCUUGGGAAAAAAACACAUUAUACAUCCUUCAGUAUAGGAGAUGAGGGAGUGAGAGAAAAUAUUUUUUGAAGAAACAUUUCUGUAAAAUUAGAAAUUACUUUUUUUAAUCUAUUUAAAGUUUGGCUUGGAGAAUGCCAUUUCUGCCUAUAUGGCCUUGUGUUGCAAAACAGAUCAGUGGCUGGGGUGACUGUUGUGGUGUGAGUGUGUGCAAGUAUGAUUGAAGCCAAAUCUGUUAUCCUGUUAGUAAAUGAUUUGAAAACUGAAUGUAAUACUUGAGUAGAUUUUUUUUUCCAGUUUGAAAUUUAGUCUGUCUUUUUGACCUUACUAAUAUUUCAUUCAACAAGCUGUUAAACUCUGAUUGUACUUGGGGAUGUGACUACCAAUCAGUUUGAUACUCAAGGAAAGAAUGGGGGUUAUUUGAAAAAUUAAAAUUUUGUGUUAUAUCUGAGUGGGUGGGUCAAAUGGAGCUCAGAGGUUUAAGCUGCCCUGUGAUUUUUCUUCCCCCCCCUAAAAUAGGAAACGAUUUCUUUUUUUUUUGUUACUUUGUUACUCUGUUCUUUGACUACCCACCCCCAAAAGCAAAAUAACCAAUCACCUAAAGAAUUGUAUGUUUCUAGCUGCCUCGUUCAGUCUAGUCAAAUCAUAUAACUGUUCUAAAUUUCUGACUUGAACAUUAAAGUAUUUUACUCUUCUGGUCAUGUAUUUAGAACUUUAGAUCCCAGAAUGAUAGGGCAGACUGACCCUACAGUAAUUUAUUUGUGUUAGUGUUAAAGAUGAAACAUUGUAGCUGACUCUUAAAGUGUUAAAUAGUAUAGAUGUAAAAAGAAAUUUCUUUUUAAAGGUUUAAUUUGGGGACAACUUUUUCUGUUUACAAUGUAUUUAUCACUUUCCUUCUUUCCCUUUCUCAAAAAAAAAAAAAGGCAGUUUGGAAUUCACAGAAACAGAACCAGCAAUUCACAAAAUUUUUGAGUUGAGGUUAGAAAGAUAGUUAAAAUUAACAUAUAAUUUCUCAGUGAAUAAAGUUGUAGCUCUCACAUUAAAUAGGCAAGUUUACAUGCUGGUGUUUAGAAAAUGGCUAAAAAAUUAAAAACCAUGUUGCAUUAAUCUGUUUUAAGUCAUACCAUUUUCAGAGUUCUAUGUAAGGUGAGGUUUUGUUUUCUUUUUAGGGAUAGUUUGUGAUAGUAGUAACUGUCCCUUAUGUUAGUGAAUUACAUAUGUACAAAUUGAAACUGUAAAUUGUGAACACUGGAAAGCACCAUUGUGACAUAGAGUAAACAUCUUAGUAAUAUAUUAAAAUGAAUGUAAAUGAGGGUUAAAAUUACAUUACUGUGAAACUCAUCUUCCAACUCUAAGUUAAGCUUUGGAGAUUUGUAUUAGUAGGUAACUGUUCAGAGCUUUGAAAACACCGCACAUUUCUGUACAAGCCAGAAUUAUCAUUUCUUUGUAACUUAUUAUUCAGCUUGGCAAUUGCUUUUGAUUUGGUGGAUUGAUAACAUGAUAUAAUAUAUUUAAGCAGUUUGAAACUAUUCAUUUCUACACACUAUUUUCUACUAAAUGAAACAUACAAUAAAACUACCUGUGCUGAAAUUUGGGGGAAGUUUAGGUCCUUUAAAAAAAAGUAUUAAUAAUCACUGACUACAUCUAUGAUAAAAGUGCUUAUUUUGGUUUACUUAGAUAAUGCUGCAGCUGGUGGAAAUGAUAAACGUUUAAAGUGUUAACACUCUGUGAAUGUAUUGGAUUUAAGAGAAUAAACAUUUUA